GUUACUAUCGCCAUUUUAGAACGUGAUUUUAUUUAACAAAUUUAGUGGAAAUUGUUUAAAUUAAUCAGUGCUGUGUUAAGAAUCCAAUUACUGAUUUUGGCUUAUUUCGGAGGCAUAUUGGCGUAUAUUGUGAAGAAACCUUCUUUUUUCAAGUUUAUGUGGUGGAGAGCCGUAAGCAACGUGAUUAAGUCGACUACGAACGAAAUAAAAAAACAAACGAAUCUAUAUAUAAUAAACGAAUAAGGAACUAAGCAACGUUGGCGCAAUGGCUGACUUCAACAAAGGACAAGAAGAAGAAGAUGGGUUUCAAUGUAUUCAUUGCACAGAAUCAUCAAGUGAGUUACUAACUUGCAAGUCUUGUAGUGAUCAGUACCACUAUGAGUGGGUGGAAACAGAGAAAACUGAAUAUAAAGAUAUUUCUGAAGAAUUUAAGCUAUCUUGGCUUUGUCCCGAGUGUAGUCAUCCUCAAGAUGGAGAUGAUGAUUUUAAUAAAUCGACACAAGCCCCGACUGCACAAGAAUCUAUCAUGAAUGAAAAAAUCUCCUCUACAAAGGCAGAACGCUACUCUAGAAAUGCCCAACUUGAUGCAUGUAUGGAAUUGCGGGAAGAUUUAAAGGCCGUUUUAGAAGAUUUAAAAUUAGAAAACACCACAUUCUUAAUCAAUUUUAGCAAUAAAUUGAAAGACUUAAAAGAUCAAAUGGCUGCACAGCCUAAUUUGGAAAAAGUUCUGCUUUUGCUGAAUAAAUGUGCACAAAUACAGAGAUGUAUGACGGAGAAACAAAACGUUCUUAGAAAAUACCAAUUAGAGAGUGAAGAAAUUCUCUCGCACUUAGAAGACAUCACAGAAAAACUCUAUCAAAUAGAGUUAAAUUAAAAAUAGUAAAAAAGUAAUUCUAGACAUGACAUGUAUUGUAGAUUAAGCCAAAUAAUUGUUUACAAAGUCUAAACACAAAAUGAACGAAUAAAUAUCUUUGUUUACAAAAUUAGCUUGUAGUAAAAAAUGUGUAUGUAUAUGUAUACACAAGCUAUGCAGAUAGAAAUACAACUGUUGUCACCUUGAUCUGUCCCGAUUUUCGAUAGAACGGAGAAGUGCCGUGGCAAAGUAUCGUGUUGGUAGCAUUGCAAAACAGAUCAUUUCAAUUAAGUGAAGCUGCUCAGCGUGCACAGAAGUCAAACCCAACAUGAAAGUUAGGAAUCAAAUUCUACAGCCCCGAAUACAAAUCUUAGAGAAAUCUAAAAAGUUUAUAGUAUGCUAAGCCGAAGUGUGCAAUUUAAUUUCAUGUUAAUGUCAGAGGAUUAAGAUCAAACACAAUCGAAUAAGACACAUUUUUUUAAAUGAGACUUGUCCAAAUUGUAUAUUAUAUAAUAUAUGUU